UUUCCGUCUCCUCCAUAACUGCGACUUAUUGAAGUGUGUGUACGAAGCAAAUUAUGGAGUAGUUAUUGCCACCGGAACAAUUCGAUACUCUUCGCGCAGACGUGCGAGCUUGUAGCCAUGAUGAUCCCAAGGAAACAAAAAUGGACCCCUUUUGUAUUGCUAAUAAACUAUGGACUUGCUAUAUCAAAAAUCUCUGUUGGGGACCACUACUCCUCUCUGGAGUACUGGUCUCGUUUCUCCACUUUACAAUGUCAUUACUGAUUCUUCGGUCAAAUCUGGGUGCUCAGAUGUAUUGGGCAGUUGUGAAAGUCCUGACAGUUGUUCAGAUUUCUUAUCUGACAUAUCAACAAGCCGAAGUCCGGAUUCUGGGAGAGAUUGUGACUCAUUCCUUUCUGAUUUUGUGCCAGAGGACGUUCUCGAUUUCGUUGCUGACUACUCGACGCGUCGUCCAGAGGCUGAUUCUGAGUUGCUAUAUGAUGGCUGCACUGAUGCAAACGCGAUUCCUUACUUACCACAACCUACUGACUUCCACAUGCCUCAAUUGCUCGGAGAAUCUCUCAACACUGGUUGUUUAAAGUCAAAUUCAUACACAAGUGAUCUUAUCUUGUCAAAUGUUAGACGAAAUGUUCAUUCAAAACGACGUCGUGAGAUUAAUCGUGAGGCGUCAAAACGUUAUCGACAAAGGUUGAAGCAAAAGUCAUUGCAAACGCAACAAGAUCUUAGCCUUGUUAUUUCCGCAUAUGAACAAUCCAAAUCAGCUUACGAGAAAGCUGAGCAUGCUUUUGAUGUGUUAAAGAAUAUUGUUCUUGAUCUGAUUAAUAUUGUUCCUCGAAACUGAACCGCUUACUUCACUUUGUCCUCCCAGAAAGCCUGUACUGUCCAAUAUAUUUCUGAGCAGUGG